AUGAAGAGGCAGAUAUUCCAUUUCCUGGCAAGUAAACCUAAUAAUUUAAGUCGUCUAAAGGGUAGCAUAUGUGGGAAAGGAUAUAACCAACUUCAGAAACUUAUCGAGGCACAACAAUCUAAAAGAUCGGUCAAUUAUUUCACGGAGGAUGAUGUCUUCACCGAGUAUUCACCAGUUCACGUAGCACCUCAGGAGGGAUUAAAGAAAGUUUACAAGAUCCUAACUUUGCUUGGACAACCUAAGGUGAAUUUUAGUCAGUAUUCAGGGUAUGUAACUGUUGAUCCUAAUGCUGGUCGAGCACUCUUCUAUUAUUUUACCGAGUCAGAAGACCCUUCGAGCAAACCUCUAGUGCUGUGGCCAAAUGGAGGUAAGAUUAUGAUGCUUAUAUCCUUUUAG